AUUGUUUCGUGGUCGCCAUAAACUUGAUGGCGUCUCGUCUUUGAGCCAAUUACGAGGUCCACAGUCACGAUCGUGGUUCAAAGGUAAUCAAAUGCAAAUCUUCAGCUUGAAGCAGGGAUGGGAAUUUCACAAGAUGCUAGCAGACGAGUAUGGGCCUACUGUCCAGAUAACGGGCUUGUUAGGGAAAAAGCAGCUUUACACAUUCGAUUCUAAAGCUAUGCAUCAUAUUCUUGUAAAGGACGGGUCUUCGUUUCAGCCUCAUCGUAUCGAGAGCGGUAUUCUUCUAUUUGGCAAGGGUCUGCUCAGUACAAUCGGAGAACGUCAUCGCAAGCAACGAAAGAUGCUCAACCCAGUUUUCUCGAUUGCUCAUAUGCGUUCAAUGAUGCCGAUCUUUUACGAUGUAGUGGAUCAGCUGCAGAAUGCUCUGUCGCAACGAGUCCGCAACGAACCUCGAGAGAUUGAACUUGUAGGAUGGAUGGCCCGCACCGCCCUGGAACUUAUUGGUCAAUCUGGAUUCGGGUACUCUUUUGACAAUAUGGUGGACGAUGUACCCAGACACAAAUACAGUAUUGUUAUCAAGGAUCUCGUACCGACACUAACUCGACUGGCUUUCGGAAGGUUUUACUUACUUCCUUUAGCUGUCAAGAUCUUACCCUCAAGUGUUCGCACAUUCAUUAUGAACAUUACCCCAUGGAAAACUCUACAUGAUGUUCGGGACAUGGUCAAUUACAUGCAUGAUCUGUCUGUGGAGAUCUACAAAGAGAAGAGGCGCGCACUUGAAGAAGGAGACGAGGCUGUAAUCAAACAAAUCGGAAAAGGGAAAGAUCUUCUUAGUAUUAUGAUGAAAGAGAAUAUGAAAGCGGAUGAUGAAGAUAAACUCGAAGAAACUGAAAUUAUCGCUCAAAUGUCAACAUUUAUAUUAGCGGCAAUGGACACUACCUCUAGCGGAAUGUCUCGCAUCCUCCAUCUUUUGGCUCUUCAUCCCAAGGUUCAGGACAAAAUACGAGAAGAGAUCAUUGCAGCUCGAAAAGAUCGUGAAGGUAGUCGGUUGUCCUACGAUGAACUAGUUGGACUUCCUUAUUUGGAUGCAGUAUGCAGAGAGACCUUGCGACUCUACGCUCCAGUGUCUUCUGUCUUGCGAAAAUCCACCGAAGAUACAAUAGUUCCUCUCUCACGACCUGUUCGCGGUGUGGACGGUAAUGAGGUGACAGAUAUAUUUCUGCCUAGAGCUACAACUGUGAUCAUAUCGAUUUUGAACGCGAAUAGGGAUCCUGAGCUAUGGGGACCAGAUGUGUUGGAGUGGAAGCCUGAACGUUGGCUCUCACCACUUCCCGAUGCUAUCAUGAAUUCCAAGAUGCCAGGGGUCUAUUCCCACUUAAUGACUUUCAAUGGUGGAAGUCGUUCAUGCAUAGGAUUCAAGUUCUCCCAACUAGAGAUGAAGGUCGUCAUAGCUAUGCUUGUAGAGAAUUUCAAGUUCUCUCCUCCACUGGACAAGGAAAUUUUUUGGCAAAUGGCAGGCAUUGCGAGCCCUGUCGUCGUUGGAGGCAGCGACUCCAUGCACCCACGGUUGCCACUCAUCGUUGAGGCAGUUAAGGGAGAUUCUUAAUGUGUUCCAUGUCGUCCUAGCGUUCUCCUUCUACAGGCAUGCUCGAAAUUUCUCUUUUAGAUCUGUUACCUAUGUACCUUGUAUGAUAUUAGAAACGAGCGGAAUAUGAAGGAAUGUCACUGAUCCAUGC